AAUAAAUUGAUGAAAAUGUCUUAUCUUAUUUUUCGAUGGAAUUUAGUUUCUCUAAAUAUAUAAUUCGAUAACAAAUUAGAUGCACCUUGCAAAAUUCUAUUUUAAUCGGACAACCUUCAAAUAUUUGCAUAUCGUGAAUUUGUGACGCAGCAAUACACAUUUUGCAAAAUUUCAAAUUGGUAAGUAUAAAAUUUACAUAUUCCGAAGUUCCAUAAGUUAGCUCUGUACUAUAAAUGAGGACGAUAGGUAUUAAAUAUCGUAGUACGAGAAAUGCACAAUAAUCUACAAUUUGUAACUUAAUGUACGUACACUUAAAUAAUUUUGUUAUUUGUUAUGCUCCAAAUGUUGAUCAACACACGACUUCCUACAGAAGGAAGUGAUCGGAGUUUCUCAGAAAUUAAAUACGUAAAUAAUUAAAUAAAAUUCUCAAUUUGCACAAGUUCUGCCAUGUUUUCGAGAUUCUACAAAAACUUAAAUAAACAUGUUUGCUCUCCUUAAAUUACCUCCACGCUGCAAUUAUUUCUCCCUUUUUGCCACCCUUGUCGUCGCUUUCCAUUUCGCGAUAGGAUACGAUGGCGACAACGACGAGACGACCACUACCUCCCCGGACGAUUCCUCCAUCGUCGACACCUCCUCCAACAAAACCGUGAAAAAAUUUGUGGUCAACUUUCCUCUCAUGAAUCGUACCGACGUGGAGAGGAACUGUACCAAACUGUCGCUCGGCAAGUGUUGGUCGAGUGAUUAUCUCCUCCCAAUUUGCGCCUCGAAUAUGAUCGUGUAUCAAAAUCCGGGCGUCUUUGUGUGUGCCCAGGUCUGCUACCCGGACAUUGAGCUGGAAAUCUUUUGUGACCCUCACGGCACCGACGUAGACGAAUUGCAAUGGUGUAAAAAAUGUAAAGAAAAAAUUACACAGAGUCGUGCCAUUGCCGUGGCGGCAAACGCCACGGCGCAAGUUGUGGUGGAGGAUGGAGGCGAUGGAGGAGGAGGUGAAGAACAGCCUCCCCCAUCGGAAGAUGGUCAAGGUGGUGGUGGUGAUGUCGGUCCCCCUCCGACCGACGGCAAUAACGCCGCCCCCACUGGCGACGAAGCACCACCACCACCACCACCACCGGAACAAGACCUUCCUCCCGUGGAGUCAAACGAUCUCGGCGGCGGUGGCGACAAUCCGGAUCAACCUGCGGACGGAAUGCCAAAGAAAAAACGAAGAAAACACAAGAAACCAAACAAUUCAACAAAAUAAUUACAAAAUUGUAUUUCUUUCUGAAAACUUGGAAUUUUAAUUCUUGAGAAUAUCAAUAUUUAAGUAAUAAAAUAUUUACAAUUAAUAAUUAGAUAUUUUUUAAUUUUUACCCUGAAAAAGAAAUCACAAUUUAACAAGUCUUUUAAAAAAUAUUGUGAUUUUGUGGAAGCAUGAUAAAUUUCAUGGCGCUUAAUACUUACAUAAUUACUAGUUAUCAUUUGCACUUAUCGCGUCGUCCAUUUAAAAAAUCAGUAAUAAAAUACUUACUUGCAUAAUUUUAAAAAUGUGUAAAAAAAA